AUGUUUCCCUGGGGGCUGAGCUGCCUGUCGGUGCUUGGGGCGGCCGGGACCGCUCUCCUGUGCGCCGGCCUGCUGCUAUGCCUGGCCCAGUACCUCUGGACCCUCCGCUGGAAGUUGAGCCGGGACCGGACCUCUGCCCUGCCUCUGCCCAAGGGUUCCAUGGGCUGGCCCUUCUUCGGCGAAACGCUACAUUGGUUGGUUCAGGGCUCGAGUUUCCACAGUUCCCGCCGGGAGCGCUACGGCACAGUGUUCAAGACCCACCUGCUGGGCAGGCCAGUGAUCCGUGUGAGCGGUGCGGAGAACGUGCGCACCAUCCUGCUGGGUGAGCACCGCCUGGUGCGCAGCCAGUGGCCGAAGAGCGCGCACAUCCUUCUAGGCUCCCACACACUUCUCAGUGCGGUUGGUGAGCCUCACAGGCGGCGGCGCAAGGUGCUGGCACGUGUGUUCAGCCGCACCGCACUGGAGCACUACGUGCCGCGCCUGCAGGAGGCGCUGCGGCGUGAGGUGCGCUCCUGGUGUUCUGCCCGCGGACCCGUAGCUGUCUACCAGGCUGCCAAGGCGCUCACCUUCCGCUUGGCUGCGCGCAUCCUGCUGGGUCUGCGGCUGGACGAGGUGCGGUGUGCCGAGCUGGCCCGGACCUUUGAGCAGCUGGUGGAAAACCUCUUCUCACUGCCCCUGGACGUGCCUUUCAGCGGUCUGCGCAAGGGCAUCCAGGCCAGAGACCAGUUGCACAAGUACCUGGAGGAGGCCAUUGCUGAGAAGCUUCAUGAAGAUACAGAAGCAGAGCCAAGAGAUGCCCUCAACCUGAUCAUUCACAGUGCUAGGGAGUUGGGUCAUGAGCUGUCAAUGCAGGAGCUGAAGGAGUCCGUUGUGGAGCUCCUCUUCGCCGCCUUCUUCACUACGGCCAGUGCCAGCACGUCCCUCGUUCUGCUGCUACUGCAAAAUCCGGCGGCCAUCGCCAAGAUCCAGCAGGAGUUGGCGGUCCAAGGGCUGGAACGCGCGUGCAGUUGCACGCCUGGGGCCUCCGGGCCAGGGCCAGACUGUGGUUGUGAGCCUGACCUCAGCCUCGCGGUGCUGGGCCGUCUGCGCUACGUAGACUGCGUAGUCAAGGAGGUGCUGCGCCUCCUGCCGCCGGUGUCCGGGGGCUACCGCACAGUGUUGCGCACCUUUGAGCUGGACGGCUACCAGAUCCCCAAAGGCUGGAGCGUGAUGUACAGUAUCCGGGAUACGCACGAGACGGCAGCUGUGUACCGCAGCCCGCCGGAAGGCUUCGACCCGGAGCGCUUUAGCGCAGCGCGUGAAGAUGCUCCGGGCACCUCUAGCCGCUUUCAUUACAUCCCUUUCGGUGGCGGAGCGCGCAGCUGUCUUGGCCAGGAGCUGGCACAGGCAGUAUUGCAGCUACUAGCUGUGGAACUGGUGCGCACAGCUCGCUGGGAACUGGCCACGUCUGCCUUCCCUGCCAUGCAGACGGUGCCCAUCGUGCACCCGGUGGACGGGCUUCGGCUCUUCUUCCAUCCGCUCGCGCCUCCGGCCCCAGGGAAUGAGCUACACCUCUGA